CAGAGCACACGCACGUUCGCACCCUCAAUAGGAAUGCCGUCGACGCUUCAAGGCACGUUCCACACCUACCGCAUUAUCAGGCGGCUGGGACAAGGAGCCUUCGGAGAGGUGUCUCUAGCGGGCGUACUGGAGACGGGUGAGGUGGUGGCACUCAAGCGCAUCCACAUUCGCAACACCGGGGGCAUACCUGACGUGGUGGUGCGCGAGAUCAAGGCGCUGCAGAGCGUGAGCCAUCCCAACGUGGUGGCGCUGCUGGAUGUGUUCCCAAAGGGCCAGGCCAUCUACCUGGUUCAGGAGUACUGCACCACCGACCUGGCGGCGCUGCUGCGGCGGCUGCCCGCGCCCCCGCCGGAGCGCAUCGCCAAGGGGCUCAUGCUGCAGCUGUGCCGUGGCCUGGAGGCGCUGCACGCAGAGGGCAUCAUGCAUCGCGAUGUGAAGCCGAGCAACACGCUGCUGUCCGCCGCCUCCGGCACCGCCAAGCUGGCGGACUGCGGCCUGGCGCGGCCGCUGGACGGCGGCGAGCGGCCCGCCUACACGCACGCGGUGGCCACGCGCUGGUACCGCGCUCCCGAGCUGCUGUACGGCGCUCGCGCGUACGGCCCGGCGGUGGACGUGUGGGCGCUGGGGCUGGUGUUCGCGGAGCUGCUGGGCCUGUCUCCGCUGGUCCCCGGCGACAACGACAUCGACCAGCUGGGCCGCGUCAUCGCCACCUUCGGCUCUAUGGAGCCAGUCUGGCUGGGCGUGCGAGCGCUGCCGGACUGGGGCAAGAUCGCCUUCCCGCACUGCGAGCCGCUGCCGCUGGGCGACCUGUUGCCGGGCGCGCCGGCGGCGGCCCUGGAGUUCCUGGCGGCCUUCCUCAGGUACGACCCAGCCAAGCGCAUCACUGCCGCGUGCGCCGUACGCAGCACCUACCUGACCGCCACGCAGCCGCUGCCGGCUGACGAGGCCGAGGUGGCGGCCUGGCUCACCGCCACACUGGCCGCCAACGAGGCGGCGGUGGCAGCGCUGAAGCAGCAGUCGGCGGCGGGGUCGGCGGCGCAGCUGCACGUGGGAAGCGCAUUAAGGCAGCCGCGGGCGGCGUCAUUGCCGCUGGUGUGAUCAGCUUGGGGCGCUGAAUCUGGCUUAUUGUAUCUGUGGCCGCCUCCAAGUCGGACGUCAUCAAGGAGCAGCAUGGCAGCGCGCAGGGCGCUGGCUUGUAUCACCCGCACGACAGCUGACAAGCGCGCACAAUGCGCCGCUUGCAACAACAUCGCCGCUCGCAAGAAGACCGGGCUUUGCAUGGAGCCGACCAGCGCUCACCCGCGCAGGUGCCGCUGCUUGCCCCCACGAACCUCCUGGGCGCGCCAUGCAGGCUGAGUACUGAGUGGUGUGCGUUUGCCGGGCAUCUACUCCAGCUCCGACGUGCAGCACGCCCAACUGCCAUGGUCGGCCGCAAGCAGUUCCACUUCCAGCGGCCCAUGAGUUGUGGGAAGUAGCCUCCACGUGACAUUGGACGCAUACCUCCAUUGUACGCAUGACCUGUAGGGUUAUGCAGGUGACGGUGUAGGCGGCAGUAGCGCGCACUUGUGGCCAUGGCUGGAUGACCAAUCGCAUGGGGUGCCACGUCCUGGAGUGUCACCAACCAAGAUGCCGCUGUGCCAGUCAAGUCUUGGCCGGACUAGCUGUCCGCACCCAUCUAGCUCGGCGUAUUGGCCUUCCUGCGAUUUGAUAUCAACGCAAAUGCACGUUGUGGCUUUCAGCUCGGCUGUACUACUGAAACGGUGUGGUUGGCCGUGUUGUUGGCCUGCGUGCCAUCUAGCGUUGCAUGCGCAUGGCGCGCAGGCUGAUCUGGCCCAUGUUUCUACAUGUUUACGGGUGUUUGUUGACAGGAUUGAUUGUGGCGACGUGACAGAGUAGGCGGAGAUUGGACUAGGCGGCCGCGACUGACGGUUGUGCAUCAGGGCCACACACAUGACCAGACUCCGUAAGGGUCAGGGGUGGAGACUUGUGCGGGUCAGGGAGGACUGGCUGGACUGUCGACCCUGCGCUGCUGUCUUGUCUCUAACCCUAAAAUUCGUUCUGCUUGCUAGCGUCCAGGCCUCAACGACGUCAUGCUCUUGCCUUCUCCAUUACGCAUGUUUCCUUAAUCUUCGUUAGCUGCAUUGGUAUGCCCAUGAUGCAGCCACGUACCCGAGCAGGGGACUCCUGUAGAUCGUGCCUUCCCC